AACGCCGCAUACGAAGAUGUCCAGCAUAGCGAUUUUGGCGCCCUAACUUCAGGUAGCAUAUAGAGGGAAUUGCUGCUUUGAGUUUGGACACUCAUUUAACCUGUUCGUAGUGUGACAGAAGAUUUAAAAGCGCGAUAAGUGUUUUAUAAAACUUUAUUUCGCUUAAUACAUAGAAAAACAUCGUGUGGAGCAACGAGGACACAAAGAGUGAUAUGAAGAAGGUAAAGCUGUGACAGUGGGAAUUAAACAUAAAAAUAGCCCCGGUGACGACAGGAAUAUCUAACCUUAUGCCCUCAGCUACCGGAGGAAGUAACCCUAUAGGGCAGCAGAAGGGUGGGGCUACUAUGCCCAGUAAUGAAGAAUGUGGGAUCCGAGAUGUUUGGGGUCAUAAUCUCGAAGAAGAAUUUCGUACAAUUCGGCAGGUCGUGCAACAGUAUCAGUAUAUCGCGAUGGAUACUGAAUUUCCAGGAGUAGUUGCUAGGCCGAUUGGUGAAUUCAGGACUAGCGCCGAUUACCAGUAUCAAUUACUUCGAUGUAACGUAGAUCUCUUGCGGAUAAUUCAACUUGGUCUUACGUUUCUCGACGAAUCGGGGAAUACACCUGGCGGUAGUUAUACGACGUGGCAAUUUAAUUUCAAAUUUAAUUUACAGGAAGACAUGUAUGCACAGGAUAGUAUAGAUAUGCUACAAAACAGUGGUAUACAGUUCAAAAAACACGAAGAAGAGGGUAUCGAUCCUUUAGACUUUGCCGAACUUUUGAUGACAUCAGGAAUUGUUCUUGUCGACGACAUAAAAUGGCUGUCCUUUCAUUCUGGCUACGACUUUGGCUACCUAUUAAAACUUCUUACAGACCAAAAUUUACCACAGGAAGAAAGUGAAUUUUUCGAACUCCUUAGGAUAUAUUUUCCAACGAUAUACGAUGUAAAAUAUUUAAUGAAAUCUUGCAAAAAUUUGAAGGGAGGCCUACAGGAAGUAGCAGAACAAUUGGAAAUUCAAAGAGUUGGACCGCAACAUCAAGCUGGAUCGGAUUCGUUACUUACGGGAAUGGUUUUCUUUAAGAUGCGAGAGAUGUUUUUCGAAGAUAACAUUGAUGAUGCGAAAUAUUGUGGUCAUUUGUACGGUUUGGGAACAUCAUUUGUCGUGAAUGGUUCAGGAGGUUACCUAGACAGUAAUGGAGAUAAUUCUUCGUCUUCGUAAUGUUAAAAACUAUCACA